UCUCUCUCUCUCGCAGGGCCGAAGGAUGAAUGGAAGGGUACAGGGGCUUCUAUGUCUCAGCGAUGGGCUUCGGGCAGGGACUAUUUGCCUUCCCUUCGUGUUCUUUCUCAGUCUCAGCGAUGGAAUGGUAUCUCUCUCUCUACUUGCAAUUACAGAGACGAUGUGUGGGAUUUGAGCACGCGAUGGGGCUUAAAAAAAAGUCCACUGCUAAACUUCAGAACGGUGAGGAAGAUUGUGAAUUUGGAUGAUCACAUUGCAUUGGCCUGUGCUGGGCUCAAAGCUGAUGCUCGUGCCUUGAUAAACAAGGUGAGAAUUGAAUGUCAAAGCCACCAACUUACGGUUGAGGAUCCAGUAACUGUUGAGUAUAUUACUCGCUACAUUGCUGGUCUUCAACAGAAGUAUACACAAAGUGGUGGUGUUAGACCGUUUGGGCUUUCAACUUUGAUUAUUGGCUUUGACCCAUACACAGGUGCACCGGCACUAUAUCAGAUAGAUCCUUUUGGGACAUUUUCAGCCUGGAAAGAAAAUGCCACUGAAAGAAACUCUAACUCAUUACGUGAGUUUCUUGAGAAAAACUACAAGGAGACAGCUGGGCAAGAAACCGUCAAGCUCGCCAUUCGUGCUUUGCUUGAGGGGAAUCAGCAACGAAGAGAAAGUACAUCUGAGGCAAAAAUUGGUAUCCCAUUUAAGAGAAGAAAACUAUCAAGUACAACUCUCAUGUUGGCUAUGCUCAUCUCAAAAAUUGCUCGAAUUGAUUAUCCAGUAGAAUGGAAAGGUUAUGGGUUGUAG